AUGACCUCGCCCGGAGAUGCUGCUCCGGUCAGACCUCCGCCGUCCUUGUCCCCCGGCGUCGCGCGAGGCGCAUCCAAGACCCGAUACGCGGACGAGCACGAAUCCACUUCUCUAGAUGCUGACCUGGCCGAGUCCCAGGUGGCAUCAUCGCCUACCCCGUCUCUGGGGGCCACCGCCGAUUUGCCAAUCCGGUCAGCAUCGCCGCAUUCCCACUCCGUGAGGUCCUCCGCCACCCCACAACUAGCACGUUCAUCACUCGGGUCGCCUUUCGACGUGCGUUUCGAUAGCUCGGAGGAUGUCAGGACAUUGAUCAUCCGGUCUUUCUCUCCCACCAUUGCCAUCUAUGCCUCCGAGGAUACCGAUGAAUUGGUAAAGAAUAAGGGGUUCCAAGGCGGCUUCUGGGAGUUGAUUCGGCCGUUUGGGGAGACGAUUUCUGGGAAAGUGGUCAUUCGGGACAGCAUUGGGUCCAGUCAUGCUUGGGAAGACUAUGGAGUGCACUUCGUGGAUCUAAAGGGGUUCGGCCGGACUCCCGCUGGUCGGGACUCGCCCUCGGCGCAGAUGGAGGAGGUACUGGAGAAGCAGUUGGACUCUGCAGAUAGCUCCCUUGGGGGAGCAGGACGCCCAAGAGAUAUUUUAGGAUUGCCUGCGACGACUUCAUUGUCGAAACUGUUCCUGCGACAGCUCUUGUCUACGAUGCCCGAGGCACCCCACGAGACUUUCCGCCACCCGGUGGCCAGUGUAAUCGCCAUCAGCUCGCGCAAUCCAGCACCAUUGGAGACGCUCCGCCAGCUCUAUGCGGAUAGUAGCUCGGGUGACCGACGACUACCCGACUGGGUCAAUCAGGAGUAUCUCCGAUAUUACGUGUUGGUUCAUGACGAAGAGCGGGAUGAUAUCACCGAGUCGAGCAAGCUCUACGAUCAAAUGAAACGCCAUUUUGGCUUGCAUUGUCACCUCCUACGACUUCGAAGCAGUCAGUGUGUGGUGACGGAUGAUGAUAGCGUGCAAGUGCCUCAGUGCGAAUGGCUGUCGCCCUCGGAGCGGUUAUCGGGAGUAGGGAAAGCAGGCAAGUCCUCUGAUCACAAGACCUUAGUGGAUCUUGGCACGGACGGCACGCCGUAUGUCUUUGAAUCCGAUGCGACAGCGAUCAGGAUCUUUGUCCGGGAGUUGGUUGCACAGUCCGUAAUCCCCUUCAUGGAGAACCGAGUGGCCGUCUGGAAUGAUCAAGUUGCAUCGCGGCGUCGGGGUAUCAGCGGCCGAUUUAUGUCGAUGUCGCGGCGAUGGGCUGGGUUCGGGUCCAGUUCGCGCUCGGGCAUUACAGGAUCAUCCGGCGGGGGCGGAAAUUAUGAUUCCACUCAUCAAUUUUACCGGCCCGAGGCUCCAGAAGCGAUCUUGCGGAAACUGGCUGACUUCGCCUUCAUGCUUCGUGAUUGGAAACUGUCUGCUUCCACGUAUGAAAUCAUUCGUUCAGACUUUGGCAAUGACAAGGCAUGGAAAUACCAUGCUGGGGCCCACGAGAUGUGCGCUCUAAGCAUGCUGUUAAACCCGAUGGCCAUGUCCGCCAAGAUCAAGCUCGACAGCAUUGAUCAGAUGUUCGAAACAGCUUGUUACUCCUAUCUCACACGGUGCUCGGACGGCACCCAUGCGCUCCGCUGUCUAUCUCUGGCUGUUGAACUUCUCAAGUCGCGAGGCGGCUCCGCCACCGAGAGUGCAGCCAGAUGGGCCAUGCGGGUCAUGGACUUUGGGCUGGCCGGAUCUGUAGCGCAGAUUCUCUUCAUGGAAAGGAUCGCUGCAUGCUACGCCACCAAAACCCCGGCGGGCGGUGCCAGAUGGGGCUCUCGUCAUAGGAAAGCUGGGAUGUGGAGCCUUCUGGCUGCCGACCAGUGGCUUAAAGUCGGCAAGCCGACCUUGGCUUCAGCCUGUUUGGAAGAGGCCGAGCGUAUGUAUGCCCCCGUCUUGGCGAAUGACGGCGUGUUCCCAAUGCCCGAGAUGCAAACCUUUGUUGAUAAUCUGCGCCAUACCGUGAAAGUCGAGUACUUGGAGGCCAGAGGACUCAACACCCGCGAUGAGCCGGCCGCUGCUGAUCCGUUGGGGACCGAGGAAACCAGCGAGAAACUCGACAAGCGCAAUCAUCGCCGCUCUCUGAUCGGGCUUCCGGCGCAGCUGGACGCGGGGGUGCUGAACAUGACGCAAGGGCCCCGGGACCUUGAACAGCCUCCGAAUGAUGACUUUGAACGAGCGUAG